AUGGAGGCUUGGCUCAAGGGCAAGAAACGGAAAUCCGAAACGCCAGCAGACGCGAUACAGGAUGACGACAGCGAGUCGACAGACGUCAAGCUGGCCAUUUUAGCAUCUCUGCAUCCCAACGUGGGUCAAGAGGCGUUGCUCGACUGUUUGCUUGAGCACGAUGGGUCCAUCGAAGCCGCUUCAGGAGCCCUGAGCAUUUUGGAUAUCCCAAAGGAGGAAAAGAAGCUUCGAAAUCCGGCUGUAAUUGGCUCACAAACAUCGCUCAAGUUCUUUACAGGAAACUCGGCUGGCACUGGUGAUGCUUUGUCGCCAAAGAAGCCCAGACUCAUGUCCAAGAAGGGAACAACGCUCCACUUGUACGAUCCCGAAGAUAUCGCCGAGCACACGCCAUGUAGCAUCGUUCAUAACUUUCUUCCGGCAGAUAUGGCAAAUGAUCUUCUUAGGGAAAUGCUGGAAGAGUCCAAGACUUUUGAAAAGAUAACCUUUAAACUUUUCGACAAUGUUGUGCAAAGUCCUCAUACUUCGACAUUCUAUGUUGAGACGGACGAGGAGCUAAGCAUACAAAAACAUGAAUACUUUUACAACGGCGCAAGACUGACAGAUGUCCGCAAGAUUACUCCCCAGUUGCUUCGCGUCAAGCCCCUGGUACAGGAGAGUGUGAACCGAGAAAUCGAGAAGCGCAUCAAUACCGUGUACCCCCGAGGCGAAAAGCUCAGAUUUCAAUCGUCUGAUCCCUGGAAGCCAAAUGCUGCCUUCGUCAACUGUUAUGCCGGACCGCAGGAGAAUGUUGGCUACCACAGCGAUCAGCUCACCUACUUGGGCCCGCGAGCCGUCAUCGGUUCUCUCUCCCUUGGAGUGGCCCGGGAGUUUCGUGUCCGGAGAAUCGUGCCCAAAGAUGCAGAUGAAAAAUCUGCAGAAACUCCCGACCUUGAAGGACAGAUUGCCAUCCAUCUGCCUCACAACUCGCUGCUCGUCAUGCACGCCGAGAUGCAGGAAGAAUGGAAGCAUUCCAUCGCUCCCGCCCAGGUCAUUGAUCCGCACCCAAUCGCUGGCAAUAGAAGAAUAAACGUCACGUAUCGGGACUACAAAGCCAAUCUGCAUCCCAAGCUCACUCCAAAGUGCAAAUGCGGCAUUCCAGCCGUCUUGAAAGUGGUUCAGAGAAGAAAGGAAAACCAUUCGAGGUACUUUUGGAUGUGUCAUGGUGGUUACGUUCCGGGCAAGGAAAAGUGUGGCUUCUUCCAGUGGGCGGAUUUCGAUGACGACGGGAAUCCAAGCUGGGAUCGUGCGAGGUACAGGAAGGGAACGUCUCAUUUGCCCGUUUGUGAACGCAAUGAGCCAGGAGAUGCAGAUAGUCUUGGGGAGUGA